CAAAAGCAAGAGGAGACGGAAACAUCAGUCACGAUGGGGAGCGUGAAUGUUAACCGCAAUGUCAGUGAUGCCUUCUACCGUUACAAGAUGCCGCGGAUUCAAGCAAAAGUGGAGGGCAAGGGAAAUGGCAUCAAAACGGUAAUUGUUAACAUGGUGGACGUAGCAAAGGCGAUCGGCCGUCCAGCCACAUAUCCAACCAAAUACUUCGGCUGCGAACUGGGUGCACAGACGCAAUUCGACUUCAAGAACGAACGCUUUAUCGUUAACGGCUCGCACGAUGCCACAAAACUUCAGGAUUUAUUGGACGGUUUUAUCCGGAAAUAUGUUCUCUGCCCUGCUUGCGACAAUCCGGAAACCGAGCUGAUGGUCAGCUCGAAGAGGGGCACCAUUUCCCAAGGUUGCAAGGCUUGUGGCCAUCAUGGUCUCUUGGAGAGCAAUCACAAAUUGAACACGUACAUUCUAAAAAAUCCGCCAAGCUUGAACCCAGCAGUACAGGGUAGUUCAUUAACGGAAGGUAAACGUGGCAAACGCUCAAAACGUGCCAACGGGGAAGCUGCAUCUGCGACUGCGGCCACUGCUGUCACUACCAACGGCAAUGAUCGAUCUGGUUCUCCGGAAAAUGAGCUCAACAACACCGCAGACAACGUGGUGGAACCACCACCUGAAAGAACGGCCAAUAAUGAUGACGAUGAUGACAAAUGGGCGGUGGAUGUAUCCGAGGAGGCGGUUAGAGCUCGUCUGCAGGACCUGACAGACGGUGCGAAGGGUAUGACCAUCAGUGAUGACCUCGAUAAAAGCGAGAAGGAACGCAUGGAUAUGUUCUACAAGCUAGUCAAGUGCCGCCGUGAUGCCGGUCAACUCGAUAACAAUCACAAGGAGAUUAUCGCCGAAGCAGAACGACUGGAGAUCAAGACCAAAGCACCAUUGAUUCUCGCCGAAUUGCUGUUUGAUCAGAGCAUUGCUGCGCAAGCGAAAAAAUACCGUGUUUUGUUGCUACGCUUCACUCAUGAUGACAUCAAGGCACAGAAAUAUCUUAUCAGGGGUAUCGAGCAAGUAAUCGCACUGCAUAAGGAUGCAUUGAUGCCCAAGGUCCCUGGAAUUCUCAAGUUGUUUUAUGAUGCUGACAUCCUGGAGGAGAAGGCAUUUGACGAGUGGUCGAGCAAAGUCAGUAAGAAAUACGUCUCAAAGGAUCUGUCUCAGGAAAUUCACGAUCGGGCCGCACCAUUCUUAACAUGGCUAAAAGUUGCGGAGGAAGAGGAGUCAGAAUCCGAUGAAGAAGACGACGAUUUAGAGAUCGAAUAUGAUGAUAGAGCCAAGCAGGAGUCGCUGAAGCAACAACAGAAGCCACCGGCAACUCAGAAACUUGCUGCUACCACUGGCACCGCUGCCGUCGUGAAUGGUGAUUCCGAUGAGGAUGACUUCGAUAUUGAUGCCAUUUAAAGCACACAUGUACACAUACACACAUAUACAUAUACGCGUGAACAGAUGAUAAAAAAAAACUACUGGUCUCGAAAACAUGUAAUACGAGAUGUAUGAUAAUUUUCUCUUCAAGCACACAGAAUAUGGAGAAUCGUGCAAAUGCAAUCUCAAGUUAUACGCAAAUGAGUGUAUGGAAUUUCGUUGUUUUAGUAUGACGAAAGCGGCAUAAUUGCCGUUUUAUGUCUGAAUGUUGCUUAUAUCUGAACAAAAAAAAAUGGGAAAAAGAAAUUUUAACUGUUUUCAAGCGUUCAGCGUGAUUUAAUCCGUCUAUUGUACAGUUCUUAAUGCUGCUUUUAAUUGUUUUAACGAUAUCGUGUAAUUGCGUGUUUAUCACAAAAAAAGAUUGUUGUUUCAUAAUUAAUAAUUGUUACAAAGAUUGUUUUACUCAGAUCGGAGAUGCGCGUAUAUCUUGAAAUGCAUCAGUCUCAAGUGGAAAAGAACGGAAAGAGAGACAUGUAUAGUUUACCAUUAUUGGGAAAUUGGCCUGCUAAAAGCGUUCUUUAUUGUAUCUAUUUACUAUUCUAAUUAUUAUUCAAAUAAAUAUGGUUUAUUGCAACGAU